GGAAAGAUGGCGGCUGCCGAAGAGGCUGCGGAGCCGAUAAUGGUGACGGCAGGCUUUGGGCCAAAGGCGAAGGACGAAGACGAGGAGGAAGAGGAGUCGCUGCCACCGUGCGAGACGGUUCGCUGGGCCCCGGUGGGGGCGGUGGCGGAGGCCGGGCCUGGGGAAGCUGCGUUCUCCGAAGAGACGUCGGCCGAGGAGCCCGGAGUGGCCCCAGCCUCCCCGCCAGACUCACCGGGCCGGACGCUGCGGCGGCUGCGGGCUGAGCGGCGACAGCUGGACUCGGCACUGCUCGCACUAUCCUCGCACUUCGCGCAGGUGCAGUUCCGCCUACGCCAGGUGGUGCGCGGUGCACCGGCGGAGCAGCAGCGCCUCUUGCGCGAACUCGAGGACUUCGCCUUCCGCGGCUGCCCUCACGUCUUAGGUUAUGGGGACUCCGAGGACCCUGCCAGCGACGAGGGCUACGGGCUGCCAGGGGACCGACCACGGUUGUGGGGCGAGGAUCAGAGUGAGCGGGAGAAACGGGACCGGCUGGAAACCCAAAGGGAGAAGCAGAAGGAAUUGAUACUGCAGCUCAAAACCCAACUAGAUGACCUGGAAACUUUUGCUUACCAAGAGGGCAGUUAUGACUCCCUGCCACAGUCAGUGGUCCUAGAAAGACAGCGGGUCAUCAUAGAUGAGUUAAUCAAGAAACUGGACAUGAACCUGAAUGAAGACAUUAGCUCACUCUCCACUGAAGAACUGCGUCAGCGUGUGGAUGCUGCUGUGGCUCAGAUCGUCAACCCAGCCCGAGUGAAAGAGCAGUUGGUUGAGCAGCUAAAAACUCAGAUCCGAGACCUCGAGAUGUUCAUCAGCUUCAUCCAAGAUGAAGGGGGAAGCCCCUUGCAGACAGGUGACGGGCACUGUGAGUGCAAGGCCAGUGGGAAGACAGGAAGUGGUUCCACCAGAACUGGCGGCAGCAGCAGACUGCCCCCAGGAAAUGGCAGAGGGAAGCCAGAAGACGUGAAGAGAGUUCGGGAGAUGGGGCUGCACCUGAUGCGGCGAGCCCUGGCUGUGCUCCAAAUCUUUGCUGUUAGCCAGUUUGGCUGCGCCACGGGCCAGAUUCCCCAAACCCUGUGGCAACGGGGCCAGUGUGACAGGGACUACUCUCCCUUACUACAGAGGCUGGAAUUAUCAGUAGACCGAGUUAAACAACUGGCCUUGAGGCACCAGCCACACGACCAUGUCAUCACCUCUGCCAACCUCCAGGACCUCUCUCUGGGAGGCAAGGACGAGCUGACCAUGGCUGUGCGAAAGGAGCUGACGGUGGCCGUGAGGGACCUGCUGGCCCACGGGCUGUACGCCGCCUCUCCAGGCAUGAGCCUUGUCAUGGCCCCCAUUGCUUGUCUGCUUCCAGCCUUCUCCUCAGCCCCUGAGACCAUGCAUCCCUGGGAGCUCUUUGUCAAGUACUACCAUGCGAAGAAUGGUCGUGCUUAUGUGGAAUCUCCAGCCCGGAAGCUGUCCCAGUCGUUUGCCUUGCCUGUGGUGGGGACUACUGUUGUGACCCCCAAACAGAGUCUACUGACAGCCAUCCACAUGGUGCUGACAGAGCAUGACCCUUUUAAGCGCAGUGCAGAUUCCGAGCUAAAGGCCUUGGUGUGCAUGGCAUUGAAUGAGCAGCGACUGGUGUCCUGGGUGAACCUCAUCUGCAAGUCGGGGUCACUCAUUGAGCCCCACUACCAGCCCUGGAGCUACAUGGCACACACAGGCUUUGAGAGUGCCCUCAACCUGCUCAGCCGCCUUAGCAGCCUCAAGUUCAGCCUCCCCGUAGACCUGGCUGUGCGCCAGCUCAAGAACAUCAAAGAUGCCUUUUGAGACAAAUGCCCUGGUUCCUGAGCAGUGCCUCACUCUGUAGAGCUAGAUGGAUUAGUCUUCCAGGAUGGGAGGAGGGCUUACAGAUCUUCCCUGAUCCUACAUCAGUGGCCAGCCAAAUGACUGCAAAGUCUGUUAUCUCAACAACUUAGCAUCUCAGAAAGAUAUGUGGGAAACCAAUGUAUUACGAAGGUUCUGCCUGG